AUGUGUAUUGCAAAAGAAAACAGAGACUUGGGUAGAAGCAACACAGCAGGGAAGCGAAUACCUUGUACUGAAUGCCAAAGGACAUUUUCAUGCAUGAGCCUCCUGGAAUCCCACAUAAGAACUCAUACGGGAAAGAAACCAUAUACUUGCUCUAUAUGUCAAAGAGGUUUUUCUCAAAUGACUAAUCUCAAAUGUCACAUGAGAACUCAUACAGGAGAGAAACCAUACACUUGCUCUAUAUGUCAAAGAAGUUGUUCUCAUCAAAGUAGUCUCUUAUUUCAAAAUACACGUGAAAGCUCACAUGGAGAUGGCCCUUUUCGUUGCUCUGUAUGUCAAAGAAGUUUUUCUCUUGCAUGUAAUCUCAAAACACAUAUGAGAACUCAUUCAGGAGAGAAACCAUAUACUUGCUCUAUAUGUCAAAGAAGUUUUACUCAAUCAAGUAGUCUCAAAUCUCACAUGAGUACUCAUACAGGAGAGAAACCAUUCACAUGCUCUGUAUGUCAAAGAGGUUUUUCUCAAUCAACUAAGCUCUCAAAUCACAUGAGAACUCAUACAGGAGAGAAACCAUACACUUGCUCUGUAUGUCAAAGAAGUUUUUCUCAUCCAAGUAGUCUCAUAGACACAUGA